AUGUCGACUACCACAACAUCCCUCACUACCACACUUGUCGCACCGGCCAUGAAGGGUGCUAUAUCAGAAAAACAAUGUCCUAUGUGUUGGGGCGAAGGAUUUCCUAAUGGCGGUGCCCAAGAUAGAAUCCAGGAGCUGGAGGGGCAGGUGCAUGCGUUAACAGCGCGCGCUUCAGCUACAGCCUCCAAACUCAGCCAGUACGAAGAAGAAAUCCGACGUCUACGCUCCUCCCAACCCCAAGGAUCCUACCACACCCCACGAAGCAGCUCCUCACUGGGCAGACCUCCUUCCCAAACCGAGCAUUCAUCACCACAACGCCCAACAUCCUCAGAAUCCCAACCCCAACCACAAACAUACCAGAGCCGCCUCACAAACCUAGCCUCCCUCCUCCCCUACCGACGCGGCAGCGCAACCCCGCAAGCGCACCAUCAACAUCUAGCGGCGCCCCCUCCCGACUACCCCGACUACCUUGACAACACCCCUCCCACAUAUGAUGCGCUUACGCGCGAACAGAGGCUGCGCGAGGCUGCUGAAUCGCAGCUUUCACAAGCGAGCACUGAGCUAGAGGAGUUGACCGUGCAGCUUUUCAGUCAGGCGAAUGAGAUGGUUGCGGAGGAGCGGAAGGCUCGCGCGAAGCUUGAGGAGAGGGUUGCUGUGCUGGAGAGGAGGGAUGUUGAGAAGCGCACUCGGUUGGAGAGACUGGAGAAGGCUAUGGCGCGUGUGGAGCGAUUGAGGGCUUUGGUUAAUCACCAAUGA